CGUGGAUGCCUAUGGGUGGAUGAUGUGCAAAUUUGACAGGAAGUAAGCAAAGCAAGAGCUAGCAAUGAGCAGCCACGUCAUGUAACCUUAACUAAGGAAGAAAACGCGUAAGCAGAGUGUAGAUAUCAAAACCAACUAUUCAUAAACUGACCUAUUCGGAGUAUUUUCUUUUUUUGGAGGACCUUCAUUCGGCUGUGUUUAUUUUUGCCGAUAUCAUAUGGAAAGAUGUCUGACAUCGGGGACUGGUUCAAAAGCAUACCGUUCAUCACCCGGUAUUGGUUUGCUGGUUCAAUUGCUGUUCCCUUGAUAGGGAAAUUGGGAUUGAUCAGUCCUAAGUACCUUGUUUUAUGGCCUGAGUAUUUCUUUCACAAGUUUCAGAUAUGGAGACCGUUGUCCUCGACACUCUACUUCCCUGUGGGUCCAGGGACUGGCUUUCUCUACCUGGUCAAUCUGUACUUCCUCUACCAGUACUCCACUAGACUAGAGACAGGUGCGUUCGACGGGCGACCAGCUGACUAUGUGUUCAUGCUGCUCUUCAAUUGGAUCUGCAUUGUUAUAACUGGCUUAAUGAUGGACAUGCAGCUCCUGAUGAUCCCGCUGAUCAUGUCUGUGUUGUACGUGUGGGCCCAACUCAACAGAGACAUGGUCGUGUCCUUCUGGUUUGGUACACGCUUCAAGGCAUGUUAUCUACCUUGGGUUAUACUGGGCUUUAACUACAUAAUCGGUGGCUCGGUUGUCAAUGAGUUGAUCGGGAACCUGGUGGGCCAUCUCUACUUCUUCCUCAUGUUCAAAUACCCAAUGGAUCUAGGAGGCCGGUCUUUACUGUCCACACCAGAAUUCCUGUACCGCUUCCUCCCCAACAGGAGAGGGGGGGUGUCAGGAUUUGGAGCCCCUCCAAGCAGGAGACCUGCUGCCCAGGAGCAACAGGGGGGUGGGGCUGAGGGUGGUGGUGGUGGUGGUGGCGGCGGCGGUGGCGGAAGAGGCCGUCACAACUGGGGCCAUGGCUUCCGCCUUGGGGAUGACUGAACGGGCAGAGGCGAGUCUCUGGGGCUGUCACCCAACUCUGCAGGUAACAGGACAAAGAGACUGUUGACGCCCAAGUUCUCCUUCCAGAAGACCACUGCUGCGGACCUCCAGAUGAUGCAUAAACAGAAACAUGGAUUUUAUACUCUGGUCUCUCCUCCCCCCUCCUCUUUUCUCCCCCAUCCUUUGGACUGGUUCAGAAAUGAUGUUGCAGCUGCACACAAACCAGCAUGUUGUUAUUUUGUUCCUGCGCUCUCACAAGAUGCCAUAUCAGAUUGCACUGUAAUUAACCAGUUGCUCUGUGUGUGUGUGUGUAUGUGCAGCCACAUUCAGCCUUUAUAGAAGAUUGCAUUGUUUGUUGGGGCAUAAGGAGAGCCUAUACGCCCAUCCCUCCUCCACUUCUGCGUUCACACUCUCACACGUUCUUCUCUGUAUAAAAAGGCUCAUAUAAACUCCAUUCAUAACCGGU